CCCCCUAUUUUAACGUCCUCUAUGUUGACCUCCCCAUUUGAGCCCAUCUCUGUGUGAUAUUUUGGGUGAUAUCAUGCAAGAUGAUGGUGGUAUUACCUUGAACCGUGAAGUCAAUAGUGAUAUGAAUCUAGACUGACCUAGCCAUCUUAAAUGAAUCAAGGGAAGGAAAAGGGUCCGUAUUGCUAGAAUUAUCUAUCGGCAAUGUCUUCGUCACCAGAACCAUCUAUUCUCGAAUAUGCACGGUUCCACGAUGUUGCGAUAAACAGCAUACCAAACCCCCUCCUUUUGGCCCCACCGGAGAUCGAAGACAUAGAUCUGUCUCUUUGCGAUAUAUCAAACCAUCCUUCUAUUGACUUGGAAGAUAUCCAUCGAGAAAUACAGACCAAAACAAGAGAAAAGCUUGAUGCUAACUGGGCCAGUGCACCUUUGCUAUCCUCCAUUAUUAAACUAUCCAUCGAUGAAAGACCAACAGGCAAUCAUUACCAUUAUGAGGAAAUCGACUGUUCAACAGACUCUCGUCGAAUUCGGGAUAUGAAACUGGAAGCCCCUGUCCUACAAACUGAUCACGAGAGGGACAUGCGAGCGUUUCGGCGGGGAAUUUCACUCGAUUACGUGCAGAUAGAUGUAGCUCUGGAAUACCUUGAUGAUGAGAAUGACGAAAGCUUGAAGUUCCCGAGUAGUUUCUGGAGCCAGGGAAAGCGUUUAUGGCGUACGGCUCAGGGGGAGAGGUUGAGCUGUAUGAAAGACAGCUUGCUUCUUAUGCAAGGGAUCAAGAGUGAGGUUGUGGCCUCUGCAGAUGGGCAUGUCGAUGACUGGUUGAACGACGGAAUUAUCUUCUGCGGCAAGAAAAAAGAUAGAGCUCCCCUAACACCAAUUUUGUUGCCUAGGGAUCCAACUCCCGUACCAUUUCUCCCAUCGUCUCCCUGUCUGGAAAUGGAAAUAUUACCGAAUCCCGAAACGCCACCAAUGGCGGAAGAGCUGGAUAUAGAAAAGAUUGAAGGUAUCCUUGUACCUACUUGCGACCAAAUCGUGACUGAUUUUCUUUCAGGCCCUGAUGACGUUGGAAAUCUAGAGCCACGAGCGGGUGGAUCUAACAAACCAUCACCUAAUUUUGAAGAUCCGACAUCAUCGCCCAAUGUCCAGAAGAGAAUACUAGAUUUGAAAGUUGAGCCUCCUAUUACCCCGCCGGUAUCAACUAAGAAGCGGCCAGCUGAGGAUGACGAGAAUAUCCUAAAAUACAUGGCCCGAACCGGCAUCGUCCCUGAAAUUACUUCACAAGAUGCCAUGGAAAUUGAAUCUGUCGACCUCGUCGAAGACGAUCUGGCGGAAGUCGUUAAUGCAGCAAAGAGAAAAGCGGAGGACGAACUUAAUGCAGAACGCAUCAGGGGCAUUAGUACAAUGACGCGAUGCAAGGUGCCCCUUCUUAGGCCACCGAUCAUAAUCCCGCCGUGGCCAGGAGUGGCCGGCCUCUCGGAGUCUGAGUUGAAAGGUCUGUAUAGGUCCUUUAUUUCCGAAAUUAAAACGGAAGCCUUAGCUGGGUUACGCUAUUCCAUUGGUGCUGCUGACAGGAAAAAUGAUCUCAAAUGGCAGCCAUUUGAAAUGGAAGUACGGACACUGGAGAUCAGUGAAAACAUGACUCCUGAGGAUUCCUCGAGUGGGCUUCUCCGUGAGAUUGGUCGUCAUAUAAGCGGUUCGAAAAUUGAACACGAAACUCCUCAGGUAGUUUGUCAUAAUGAGUUUCGCCUUUCAAGUUUGGAUGACGAUGAAGAACUUUCGCCGCGAACGGUCUAUGGAGAGGUAGGGUCGGUUCCUCCACUACAAAGAAAGGGAUGUGAGCAUGGUGCUGGAAAGGAUGAAGGGAAAGGGGUUAGCUGGGGAUACUCGCCUCCAGACAAGAAACAAGGGAUUAAAAAUAUAGUAGCAAAUCCCAAGGCUACGAAUCUUGGAGCUAAGGUCAAAUCUGCGGAAGCCACACUCGUUGGCUCAGGCAUGUCGUCCAUGUUUUCCCCCUUGGACUCACUUUCCAACUUUAUGGAGGUACGUGGUCAAAGGACUACGGCUUCUAGCUCGGAUAGAUAUCCAUACUUCGUCCGCCCAGAACUACCUGAUCCACCGGCUUUGGCACAGAGUGACCGGCAUCCUAAGAUUAGCACGCAAAUUCCAGAGAGGGCAACUGAGUCAAAUGUUACAACCAUAUCACUCCCGCUGUUGGCACCUCCCAGCACCACCCGGCCACAAGGUGUCCUGACAUUUGUUUUAUCUACCUCCCUUCUACGGACACAUCGUGCUGUAAUCUAUAAUCUUGAAUCUCUAUCCCCAGCAUGCAAUCUGAUUUUCCGUGAUGACAAUACUUUACCAAACUUGUAUCCGGCUGGUACCAGGGCUGAGAGUUUCCACCAGACGCGAUUGAUACGAAUUCAGAAAUUUCCCAAUAGUCCAGAGAAUAACCAAGGACGGGAAGCGGAUAUAUCAUUUUCCCCUACCGCAGGUGCUAUCCUAACCACAACUCAAGAAAUAACCCAGAAAUACCUGCCGGGCCAGCAACCAAGCGGCCAGGGAAUCGCACAAGAACUGAACUAUCCAGUUCGUCGGCGCAUUUCCGAUAUUUGUCUUCUGUACGAGGAAUUAUAUGUGUUCAUUUGCAUCCCUAUCAUUACUCCAAAUAAGAGUAGCUCGAUAGUGCCGCAUGCGGAUAUGGAAUUGGACAACAGAGCAGUUCAAGCUAUCGAAUCACUGAGGACCUUUUGCGAAUCACUCGGCUAUUUUUCAAGAAUAAACGUCCUUCCCGUCAUGAACGGUGCGAGCAACAUAACAAACUGGCUAGUUAGUCUUGCGAAUAAACAUUACACUAUGACUCCAUGGUCCACCUCCGAUGUUGCCCAUGAGCUUAUCCGGCCGGGAAACGUUCCUUUCCCGGCAGAUCCCUCACCCAGCGAGGAUUUCCUCCGGCAAUCUGGUUUAAAUACCUUUGCAGCACAAAUGGUCCUAUUACAUCAUUAUAAGGAUGGCGAUGAUGACGGUGUAUUACACUCUUCCGGUGGUCAUCCCACCCGAGGAGCUCAAAGUCCACAAGCUGCACUUUCCCGCUUCGUUUGUAUGAACCCUUUUGACCGACAGCGUAUCUUUACUCCAAUUCUAGGGAAACGUGUGGUCGAACGUGUGGAACGAAGACUCGCUGUUGAGGAGGGGUGAAUAUAGGGGCAGAAUCUUCUGGGCAGACCUACUUGCGGUAAUAUAUAUUACUAGAACUGCACUAUGUUAAAGCUCUUUUAUGUUGCCAUUUUCUCCAUAUUUUGUUUGUUUUAAAUAAUUUACAAAAGGGUCUAUGUCAUUGUUAUCCCAUACCCAUACUUAAUUGUUGCAAUUCUCAUAAUUCUUUUCGGGAGGCUACAUGUGACAAUUCGCUGCGGAAGUGCUCGUGGUGAAGCUGGCAUCCACAACUAGAAGAUAGGGGUAAAAUCUCACGGUGUUCAGAAACUCGCUCCUAAGAAAACAAUGAGAUUUCCUGCGUGUUUCGCAGUGUCAACCUAACAUGGGACCCCGAACCUAAGACAAGAAAGGAAAAGCAGGGAUUAUAAGCGAGUAGGAAGAAAAUUUAGAAACAAAAGCAAUAAAGUAAUAACAAGACCAC